ACAAAUGACAGACUCCGUUGAAAUCUGUGCUGCUGUCAUCACCGGUUUUGAAAAAGUUGCAGCAAAAGAGAUUUCAAAAUUAUUUUCGCCUAAAAAAUGCCAUCCAGGACGUGGAAAUGUAAGAUUUUCAAUAGAUCUGGAACGUGUAAACGAGACUCUGCAACUUCGAUCAAUCGAUAAUCUUUAUAUGGUUUUUUAUGAAGAAACAAUUGAAAAGCUGUCUGAAAUGCAAAAAGAAGAUGCAUUGAAAACUAUUCAAUCGCAAAUUUCAUUUUGUAACUGGAAAUUGGCAAUUGAAGCUUAUCAAUUGGCACGUGGAAACGCGAUUAACGGAGGAAGUGAAAAGAUUUUGAAACAGAUUCAACAAUUUAAAAAAGAUCGAAUAUAUAGUGAAGUUACGGACGAUUCACCCAAGUUUAGAGUAACAUGCAAACGAUGUGGAGAGAAAGAGAUUCACAAAUUCAGUUCAAUGGAUGCUGCUUCGAAGUUUGGAGCUGAAAUUAAUAAUGCUUUUGGUUGGAAAUGUAGUGUCAAAGAGUUCGAUAUAGAAGUAGUAUUAAGGAUUGAUCGGAAUAAUAUGACAGUAAUGAUGGCUCUGAACGAAGAAUCUCUAUUCAAACGUAAUAUCUGUGCGUAUGGACCAACUACAAUGAGAUCUACAAUGUGUCAUUGCAUGCUUCAAUUAGCUGAUAUAAAACCAGGAGAUAUUAUUGUCGAUGCAAUGUGUGGAGGUGGCUCUAUUCCGAUUGAAGGGGCAAUUUCAUGGAAAAAUUCAUUAUUUUUGGGUGGAGAUAAUCAUGAGAUGGCAAUGAGCAGAUGUCUACAGAAUUGGUCGGCGAAUUCAUCGAGCUCCCGAUCAAACUGCGACUUUCUCACUUGGGAUGCUACAAAUCUUCCACUACGCGAUAAUUCAAUCGAUGCACUUGUCACGGAUCUACCAUUUGGCAAGAAGAUAGGAAGUACCACAGAUAACAGGUUACUGUACCCGAGGCUUCUCGCAGAAUGGAAACGAGUUUUAAGGAAAGGUGGACGAUUAGUCUUGAUGACUCAUGAUAAACGGAGUUUAGAAAACUCAUUCCUAAAAGAUCGGUCUUCAUGGCAAACUGACGCGUCUCAUGUUGUCAACGUUGGUGGAUUAUCAUGUCUUUGUAUCUGCAUGAUAAAUAGAAAAUCUGAUUAGAUUUCAAAUUUUUAACAUGCUUGUUUUGUUUAUAAAAUUCAAUGAAUAAAUCAAAAAUU